ACAGUGAUGACAAAGGGAGUGGCUGGCAUUGGGAAAACUGUCUUAACACAGAAGUUCACUCUGGACUGGGCUGAAGACAAAGCCAACCAGGACAUCCAGUUGACAUUUCCACUGACUUUCAGAGAGCUGAAUGUGCUGAAAGAGAAAAAGUUCAGCUUGGUGGAACUUGUUCAUCACUUCUUUAGUGAAACCAAAGAAGCAGGAAUCUGCAGCUUUGAAGAGUUCCAGGUUGUCUUCAUCUUGGAUGGUCUGGAUGAGAGUCGACUUCCUCUGGACUUCCACAACAAUGAGACCCUGACUGAUGUUGCAGAGUCCACCUCAGUGGAUGUGCUGCUGACUAACCUCAUCAGGGGGAAUCUACUUCCCUCUGCUCGCCUCUGGAUAACCACACGACCUACAGCAGCCAAUCAGAUCCCUCCUGACUGUGUUGGCAUGGUGACAGAGGUCAGAGGGUUCACUGACACACAGAAGGAGGAGUACUUCAGGAAGAGGUUCACAGAUGAGGAGCAGGCCAGUAGGAUCAUCACCCACAUGAAGACAUCACGAAGCCUCCACAUCAUGUGCCACAUCCCAGUCUUCUGCUGGAUCACUGCUACAGUUCUGGAGGAUGUGCUGAAAACCAGAGAGGGAGGAGAGCUGCCCAAGACCCUGACUGAGAUGUACAUCCACUUCCUGGUGGUCCAGACCAAAGUCAAGAAGGUCAAGUAUGAAGGAGGAGCUGAAACAGAUACAACAUGGAGUCCAGAGAGCAGGAAGAUGAUUGAGUCUCUGGGAAAACUGGCUUUUGAUCAGCUUCAGAAAGGAAACCUGAUCUUCUAUGAAUCAGACCUGACAGAGUGUGGCAUCGAUAUCACAGAAGCCUCAGUUUACUCAGGAGUGUUCACACAGAUCUUUAAAGAGGAGAGAGGACUGUACCAGGAGAAGGUAUUCAGCUUCGUCCAUCUGAGUGUUCAGGAGUUUCUGGCUGCUCUUCAUGUCCGUCUGACCUUCAUCAACUCUGGAGUCAACCUGAUGGUAGAACAACAAUCACACUUCAGGUGGUCCACAUUUUUUAAGAAACCAGAUCUAAAACAUCUCCAUCAGAGAGCUGUGGACGAGGCCUUACAGAGUCCAAAUGGACACCUGGACUUGUUCCUCCGCUUCUUCAUGGGUCUUUCACUGCAGACCAAUCAGAGCCUCCUUCAAGGCCUGAUGACACAGACAGGAAGUAGCUCACAGACCAAUCAGGAAACAGUCCAGUACAUCAAGGAGAAGAUCAGUGAGAAUGUGUCUGCAGAGAGAAGCAUCAAUCUGUUCCACUGUCUGAAUGAACUGAAUGAUCGUUCUCUAGAGGAGGAGAUCCAUCAAAUCCUGAGAUCAGGACGUCUCUCCACAGAUGAACUGUCUCCUGCUCAGUGGUCAGCUCUGAUCUUCAUCUUACUGUCAUCAGAAGAAGAUUUGAAAGUGUUCGACCUGCAGAAAUACUCUCCUUCAGAGGAGGUUCUUCUGAGGCUGCUGCCAGUGGUCAAAGCUUCCAACAAAGCUCUGCUGAGUGCGUGUGGUCUCUCAGAAAGAAGCUGUGGACCUCUGUCCUCAGUUCUCAGCUCCCAGUCCUCCAGUCUGACAGAACUGAACCUGAGUAACAAUGACCUGCAGGACUCAGGAGUGAAGGAGCUUUGUGAUGGACUGAAGAGUCCAAACUGCAAACUAGAAACUCUCAGCCUGUCAGGAUGUCUGAUCACAGCGGAAGGCUGUGCUUCUCUGGCCUCAGCUCUGACCUCCAACCCCUCCCAUCUGAAAGAGCUGGACCUGAGAUACAACCAUCCAGGAGACUCAGGAGUGAAGCUGAAGAAGUAUUCCUGUCCACUCACAAUCAACAUGAACACAGUGGACAGAAACCUCAAACUGUCUGACAACAACAGGAAGGUGACGUGUGUGAAGGAGCUUCAGUCAUAUCCUGAUCAUCCAGACAGAUUUGACUUGUAUCCUCAGCUGCUGUGUGAAAAUAUUCUGACUGGUCGCUGCUACUGGGAGGUCGAGUGGAGAGGAGGUGUUUAUAUAUCAGUGAGUUACAGAGAAAUCAGAAGGAGAGGAGACAGCAGUGACUGUAGGUUUGGAUGCAAUGAUCAGUCUUGGAGUCUGAGCUGCUCUGAUGAUGAAGGUUACUCUGUCUGGCACAAUAACAGAAAAACACCCAUCUCCUCCUCCUCCUCCUCCUCUGUCUCUAACAGAGUAGCAGUGUAUGUGGACUGUCCUGCUGGCUCUUUGUCCUUCUACAAAGUCUCCUCUGACUCACUGAUCCACCUCCAGACCUUCAUCACCACAUUCUCUCAUCCUCUCUAUGCUGGAUUUGGGAUCUGGUUUCCUGGUUCCUGGGUGUCUCUGUGUUGAAUGUCAAGAGUCUGAUCAUAGCAGAGAAACUCUGGCAGAUAGUUCAGUCUGUACAUGUCUGUCUCUUUCACUCAGAAACACCUUUUCAGAUUCAUGGAUUCAAUCAGUUUCUGUGUGAAACUCUUCUAAAUGAUUCAUUGAAAACA